ACAAUAGUUAGUCCCAUUUACAUCAGAGCAGAUUAGAGCAGUAACAAAAGAUGGAGGAACAUCAAAAACACAGAAUUCUACAUCGAGAUUACAUCCAUUCUUUGCUAGAGCAUCGGCGCAAUGAUUAGCUUCCUGAAACACAUGCUUCACCGUGGCUUGAGGCAGCCUGUUUAGCAACCACCUGCAGUCCACCAAGUAAGCCCAUUAUUUAUAUAUUCUUUAAUGCUUUAAUUUUUGCAAUGCUCAUUGUCAUUGUUUACUCAUUGUUGGCCAACGUUCGUACCUAAUCCUGUAGCAUAUUCUACAUCAUGAUGCCUCUACACCUGCCUUACAUUUUAAGUUUUAACCAACCUUUCCAACCUAGACUUCUUGCUCCAUAAAUAUAAUUCCCGACACUCCUCUUUAUUUCAGAGCCUGAUCAUUAUCAUCCUUUAAGGAAAUUCCGAACCCAUUUGCCCAUCUCUCUUCGAUCUUAAUUGCAAUGGCUUCAACCACCAAUGAGCUAACCCAUGAUUUCCCACCAUUCUUCAAAGUAUUCAAAGAUGGCCGCAUAGAGAGGUACUCUUUUCCCAUUUCCAAUCAUCAUAUCCCCACUGGGCUUGACCCAAAUACUGGGAUCCAAUCCAAAGACGUGGUCAUCUCGCCCGAAACCGGUUUAUCAGCCCGAAUCUUCAUCCCCAAAAUCAACGGCCCAGAUCAAAAGUUACCACUAUUCAUCCACUACCAUGGUGGUGGCUUCUGCUUUGGAUCACCGUUCGAUACAACUGCUCAAAAAUAUUUCACAUCAUUGAUUUCCCAAGCCAAUAUGAUUGUUGUUGCCGUUGAUUAUAGGCUAGCCCCAGAGCACCCACUACCGAUUGCAUAUGAUGAUUCAUUGGCCGCGUUGCAGUGGAUUGCUACUCACUCUAAUAACCAAGGACCCGAACCGUGGCUAAACGAGUACGCAGAUUUCGGGCGGGUUUUCUUGGCGGGUGAGAGUGCUGGAGCUAAUAUAUCCCACUACGUGGCAGUCCGAGCUGGCGCCGCGGGAUUGGCUGGGUUGAAGAUUGUUGGGGUGCUUAUAGUGCACCCUUUCUUUGGGGGCAAAGAGUGUGAUGAGAUGUACAAGUUUAUGUGUCCUACAAGUUCCGGGUGUGAUGAUGACCCGAAAUUGAACCCGGCAGUGGAUCCGGAUUUGUCUAGGUUGGGGUGUGCUAAGGUUCUUGUGUGCGUGGCAGAGAAGGAUUGGUUGAAAGAUAGAGGGGUGGCUUAUUAUGAGACUUUGGGUAAGAGUGGGUGGGGUGGUAGUGUGGAAUUCUUUGAGACUAAAGGAGAAGACCAUUGCUUUCAUUUGAUGAAUGCUGAUAGUGAAAACUCUAAGGUCUUGUUGAAGAAGUUAGUUGAUUUUAUUAUAGUGGAAUAGACUAGUGUGGAAUUCUUUGAGACUAAAGGAGAAGACCAUUGCUUUCAUUUGAUGAAUGCUGAUCGUGAAAACUCUAAGGUCUUGUUGAAGAAGUUAGUUGAUUUUAUUAUAGUGGAAUAGACUAGAGUGUUUAUUCAUUAUUUGAUCCCAAAAGGAAGUGUGUUUGAGUCAUGAGUUAUAAUAAUUCGGCCGUGGUAGUUGUACCCAUGUUUUGAUGUGAUUAUCACGUAAUGAAUAAUAUAAUUGAUGAAUGCGAGUUUGCCAGUUUGGUAAUAUGCUUUGUGCACAA